AUGUCUUCUCCUGCUUCCAAGUCCACUUCUACCCACUCCAAGUCUGCUUCAAUCGAAUCAAAGUGCACCACUAUGUCCGACAUCAUCAGAGCUCUUGACGAGACCCGCGACCGCAUCGCCAGCAUGGGCCCCGACGAGCUGAAGCGCGAGCGUGUUGACAGCGUCAACUCCCUCAAGGCCGCCAACCACCCUAAGUGGAUGAAACCCAUCAAGGCCUUUGAUCAGAAGAAGUACCUUGACGAUCUUGAAUCCGGCGAAAUCACCCUCCGUCAGAUUCAAGUUGCUACCAACUCAACCAAGCUGCCUGAGGAGCACAUUGCUGAUUACAUUCGCGUCAACGGCAAGCUGCCUGAACCCAAGUACGGCCCCGGCAAAUGCACUUACGACGCCUACCCUCUCCCUCAAAAGCGCAAGCGCGACAUUGUCUCCGACAACGUCGAGGACGCCCUGAAGAAGGUCAAGAACGUCUUCAAGUGA